UCUUGGAGAGUGAGGAACAGGAGAUCUGUGCUGAGGAGCAGCUCCUCCAGGAACGCCUGCAGAAGGUCCUGGUGGAGCAGGAUGGAGACCAGCAGCCAGGCCAGCCAGGCCAGCCAGGACCGCCAGGACCGCCAGGACAGCCAGGACAGCAGGCGGACCAGGACACGGAGGGGCUGACAUCGAGAUCAGUGAUGAUCGCUGAGGAGACCGGCAAGUGCCGCGUCUGUGUCCUCGAACUAGAUGGCAUCAUGGACCACGAGGACGACGACGGAGUCCAGGUCCACGGCAACGGGGUCAGAGUUUAUGGUGAGGAAUACCACAACGGUGGCGGCGGCGGCGGUGGCGGUGGCGAUGCCCACGAUGAUGACGAUGAGGACAGUGUCCGAGUUCACCAUGGGAACCGCAACAGGGUGCGGGUCUACCAGCAUGAUGCUGUCAGGGUCCAUGAGGACAUUGGUGUCGCAGUGUACGACAAUGACGAGGAAGACAGCAUCAGAGUCUGCGGGGAUGACAGCAUUGGGGUCAAAGUUCACUAUGGUGACAGCGUCAGGCAGCACAAUGAUGACGAAAAUGGCGUCCAAUCAGCUGCAGAGGAUGCAGACCUCGCCCCUCCUUCCUGCACCCCACCGGCCGUGCCACACAUGGACACCCGGCUGGGGAUGAUGCCACCCUCCUCUUCCUCUCACUCAACCCCACUCUCCUCCUCCUCCUUUCUGCCCAAUGAUGACAAUGGCAUCGCUCCCGUGGCCAGCACCGAGCAACCAGUCACCAUGGUGUUCCUUGGCUACCACUCUGUGGACAGCCCCGAUGAGCGGUGGCGCGUUCUGGGCGGGGAUGCGGCGGUGCAUGCUGAGAGUGGUCCUGAUUGAUGACGAUGACGACAAAUCGCUACGGGAGAAGACGGUCACCGACCCCCUGCCAUCAUCGGCAGCAUCUGCCCCUGUCAUCGCUGCUGACCUGGUCUCCACCAAACUUGACACUGAUGGUGACAACCCGCAUGAUGCCA